AUGGUAUCAGAGCAAGGAACCAACUACUUACUAUGGUCUAGACUUGUCAAAACCGCUCUUGGAGGCAGAGGUCUUUGGGAGUAUGUUGUUGACGACAAAGACACCAAGAAGACCAUACUAGGAGAGGAUGGUAAAGAAGUUGUUGCUGCGGCUAAAGGAGGAGGAAAGAGAAGUCAGAAGGAUCUCAUGGUCCUUUCCAUCAUUCAUAAUAGUCUUGAAACCUCUAUCUUGGAAGCUUACUCCUACUGUGAAACUUCCAAGGAGCUGUGGGAUACUCUCCAGCCAGAAGGGAAGGUAUAUGGAAAUAUAUCUAACAUCAGUAGGGUGUUUGAAGUCAAGAGGGCUAUCAACACUCUCAGUCAAGAGGACACUGAAUUUUCCAAGCAUUUUGGGAAGUUCAUAUCGUUGUGGGCCGAGUUAAAGAUGCUAAGACCGGCCAGUCUUGAUCCGGAUGUACUUAAUGAGAGAAAGGAGCAAGACAAGGUCUUUGCUUUGUUGUUCACUCUCAACCCGGGUUAUAGUGAUCUAAUCAAACACAUUCUAAGAAGAGACCUUAUCAUAGCUAACAAAGCUGAAGGAAAUGAGCACAAACAUGAGGGCAUAGCUAACAAGAGGUAUUACAAGCCAGAAGACAAGAAAGUGUGGGUGUGUGACCAUUGCAAGAAAAAAGGUCACGGCAAAGACAAAUGUUGGAUCCUUCACCCACACCUCAAGCCUCAGAAGUUCAGGACACCUUACUCUGAUGCAAGGGGGAAUUUCUCUGGUGAAAUGGGCGAGCCAUCUACUCCUCGUCCCAUGAACUCGGUUGCGGCUGGAGAAGGGAAGACCUUGGGAUUCAGUGGCUGUUCUAUCAUGAGGACUACCCAAGAUGAGACAAUCAAGAGGUCUGAUCUUGAUGCUCUCAUCAAAGCCCUCAAGGAGAACUCUGGUAACACACUUGGUUUAUCCUUAAAUGCCUCUUAUAAACUGCCCAAUGUGGUCAAGAAGGUUGCCACUGAUCUUAACUACAAGGUUAUUUUUAGUCCUAAUGAUGUCGUAUUUCAGGAUAUUGAGACUCUUAAGAUGAUCGGAAAGGGUGUUACUAAAGAGGACUUGUACCUGCUUGAAGACACCAUGACUAGAUCAUGUUUACCUUAUGCUUUUAGUUCAAUCCCUGUCUUAAAAAAUGAUGUAUUGUGGCAUGCUAGGUUAGGCCAUCCCCAUUCUAGAGCACUGAACCUGUUAUUGCCUAAUGUUUAUUUCAAAAAUGAUGGAUGUGAAGCAUGUAUUCUUGGCAAACAUUGCAAGACUGUGUUUCCCAAGUCAUCUACUAUCUAUGAGAAAUGCUUUGAUCUUAUACACUCUGAUGUCUGGACUGCACCAUGCACUUCUAGGGAAAAUCAUAGAUAUUUUGUCACCUUCAUAGACCAGAAAUCUAAAUAUACAUGGCUGACUAUGAUACCAUCUAAAGAUAGAGUACUAGAUGCAUUUAUAAACUUCCAGAGCUACAUAACUAAUCAGUUCAAUGUUAAGAUCAAAGUAUUCAGGUCAGAUAAUGGAGGGGAAUAUACAAGCACAGCUUUCAAAUCCCACUUGGCCAAGCAUGGAAUAAGCCAUCAAACCAGCUGCCCUUACACUCCACAACAAAAUGGUGUAGCUGAGAGGAAAAACCGACAUCUGAUGGAAGUGGCCAGGUCCAUGAUGUUCUACACCAACAUGCCUAAGAGGUUCUGGAGAGAUGCAGUCAUGACAGCAUGCUACCUCAUCGACCGAACUCCAACAAGAGUCCUUGAUGAUGCCACACCUUAUGAGGUGAUCAUAGGAACAAACUUGAGGCCAGAAGCACAAAGGCAGUGUUCAUUGGGUAUUCUACCACUCAAAAAGGUUACAAAUGCUACUCUCCAGAGACAAGAAGAGUCUUAG